AUGACGCAAGACGUCGAUGUAGUCACCAUCGCUCUCGUCGGCGGCUUCCUCGACUGGGCCGCGAUCGCCAUCGCGCUUUGGAUCCUCGCGGACGUAUCGCUGCCCGCGGUCGACACCCCGCCCGCGACGACGACGACGACGACGACGACGACGAGCCUUCGCGAACGCGACCUCAGUACCACCGCCCUUCGCUCGUCGAUCCCGGCCCUCGAAGCCCAGCUCGCGGCGAUCCGGGCAGAAGCCGAGAUAUUGAGGGCCGAGGUCCGCCGCCACGAGUCUCUCGCGGCGCGGUGGAAGCGCGUGGCGCUGCAGACGGAGCGCGAUUGGCGAGAGACGGAGCGGCGGCGGCUGGGAGGACUCGGAGAGCGGUCGAGCGGGGCCGGAGGCGGAGGAGGAGGAGGAGAGCCGUCGCGGCAGAACGCUCCCGGUACCGAUAUCGCCGGUCCAUCCGGCCUGGCGACGUGCGCCAUCUGCGAGCGCAUGGUGUACCCGCCCCUCGCCGUCGCCGACUGCGGCCACGGAUUCUGCCCGGAAUGCGUCGAGAUCUGGUCCAAGCCGAUCGGCGGCGGCGGCGGCGGCGGCGAGGACGACAAGAGCGGACCGCAGCCGGGCAGGCGCAUGCGAUGGCUGCAGUGCAAGCUGUGUUCGCCUGAGCCAGAGCCAGGGUCGAGCUCGAGGAGGGUGUCGGGUGUGAGAGGCGCCGUGGGCGGGUUGGCAGGAUUUCUUUCUAGGGUGUUGUCAUCACCUGCCGGGCGGGGAACGUGAGUAGCCUUCGCCACCGCGGAUCGUGUGCGUCGCCAUGACGCAUCACACUCGUCCCGUCGUAUAUGAUAUAUAUUUUGAAAGGGGG